CGAGUCAAUCGGGAUCAUACGAACCACGGACAAUUCCAAACUUAAACGCGUUUAUUUCUCCAGAGUCAACCUUAAAUGAAUUCUCAAAAAUGCACAUUACUCAUACACCGCAGCAGGAAUCAUAUUCUAAUGGCUUGCCAUCGAUGAAGAUACCACCAUCACAGCGUACCAUGAGUGAUACUGCUACCUCUUUUUUGCUCGGGAAUUCCAAAAAUCAACACAAACGAUCUCAUUCACUUUCAGAAGAGGAAGACAAAGUAGAAAUCUGCGCUUUUAUGUCGUCUCAAAACUAUCAUCCUGUUCAUGACUCGAAAUCGCGAGUUAUUGCUGCAUCUUCUCGUCUUGGACAGAAUAGAAUAGACUUUUUACAACAACUAACGAUUAAAAAUCUUAAUGAAAAUUUCAACCAAAAGCUUCACAGUAACUUAAAUAGAAAUGCAAAAUUGAAUGGAAAUAUAAGUAUCAACGGAAACUUCAAUGGAAAUGGCAACGGAAAUUUCAAUGGAAAUGACAACGGAAAUCCUAAUGAAAGCUUCAACAGUAAUUUAAACAGAAAUGCAAAGUUAAAUGAAAAUAAUCAAAGAGUUAACGGAAACUGCAACGGAAAUCUCAAUGGAAAUGACAACGGAAACUUCAAUGGAAAUGACAACGGAAAUCCUAAUGAAAGCUUCAACG